UAGUCCAGUGGUGUUUGUUUACUUCCCCAUGCGCAGUCGUCAUUUAUCGCCCUGAGAAAACGGAGUAGGUUGCUCUGCGAAACGCGAUAGUUAAAACCACUCCACGGUCAAGCACUGUAAUGUGCAUCUCCAGAUGAUGCGAGGCAAAACUAUUAUUGUCACUGGGGCAAACAGUGGCAUAGGAAAAGCUACGGCGGUGGAGCUACUUCGCAGGCAGGGCCGGGUGAUCAUGGCUUGUAGGAGCCGAGAUAGAGCGGAGAAAGCAGCUCAGGAGAUUCGCCAGCAAGCCGGGCCAGAACAAGGCGAGCUCCUCAUUAAACUGCUGGACCUAGCUUCCUUAAAGUCAGUGCGCAGUUUUUGCGAAGAGAUCAUCAAGGAGGAGCCCAGGAUUGACGUUCUGAUCAACAACGCUGGAAUCUACCAGUGUCCCUACACUAAGACGGAGGAUGGAUUUGAGAUGCAAUUCGCUGUCAAUCAUCUGGGUCACUUCCUCCUCACCAACCUGCUGCUGGAUCUCCUCAAGCGCUCCGCCCCCAGCCGCAUCAUCGUGGUGUCCUCCAAGCUGUACAAGUGCGGCGAGAUCAACUUCGACGACCUGAGCAGCGACCGGUGCUAUGACAAGGCGUUCGCCUACGGACGUAGCAAGCUGGCUAACAUGCUCUUUACGCUGGAGCUCGGACGCAGGCUGGAGAACACCGGGGUGACGGUUAACGCCCUCACCCCCGGCAUCGUGAGAACCGACCUGGGCAGGCACGUGUAUGUUCCCCUGCUGGUGAGACCUCUGCUUAGCCUGGUCUCCUGGGCCUUCUUCAAAACGCCGGAGGACGGCGCGCGCACGUCCGUCUACCUCGCCUGCUCUCCGGACGUGGAGGGCGUCCAGGGUAAAUGCUUUGCUGACUGCCAAGAAGAGGCACUUCUUCCUAAAGCCACAGAUAAAGAGGUGGCGAAGAAACUGUGGGACAUCAGUGAGGUGAUGGUGGGUAUGACCACCUAGAAGAAUGUUUUCGUGUAUCAAACACACUAACAAAUGGAGGAGCACCUAAUACAUCAUGCUAAUGAGCUGCCCCAGAUUAUAUUUCCAUUAACGGUGAAAGGGUUUAUCAUCACAAAACAUGAUUAGCAUAGUACAAAUCCAUCCUGACUUUUCUAAGCCUUUAUGCUUUGUAAGAAGCCUUUAUGCUUAGAAAAGUCUACUGUGCUUAUUUCUGUACUUAGAAAAGUCUACUGUGCUACUCCACUAAGUAUUUGCUGACUAAAUAGUGAACAUUUGCACAUUAAACUGUCAUGAGUGAGAAAACUGGCCCAUCAUCCCAAACCUGUUGGGAAAAGAUACUUCAAAGUAAAGUUGCAAAGCUACGACUUAUCUGUUCAGUUCUGCCCUUCAAACAUGUUAUAACCAAUAAUAAAUACCAUCAUUGCCAGUCUUGA